AUGCAAACACUUACAAGACUCAAUAGCUAUGACUUUAUUAUAACUGUUUUGGGACCAGAUCUUGAAAUUUCACCCGAUCCAAGAUACCAAGCAAAUUGCUACUUUGUAAACAAUGAGUUAAUAAAUGAAGACAUAUGUAUAAGCUCUUCAGUUGCUAUCACGUCACUAUAUAAACAUCUUUUUGGAACAAAAACAAAAUUUUCUGGAAUUAGACUUUCAGAAAAUCAAGAAUGGAAUUAUGCUGGAGAUGGUUAUCAGUCAUCUUUUAUUGAUAAAGUGAAUAAAAAGCAAUUUUUGUAUAUCCAAAGUUUUGCUACUAAAAAAUGUAUUCUUACUGUUUAUGAGGAUAAUGAACUUAGGUCAAUUAUUUGUGGAAAAACUCCAGCUGAUGUAUGGUCUCAUAUAGAUCAUAAACCAGAAUUUGAUGCGAACAAAUUAUUUGGGAUUGAUAAUAAAUAUACACAAGCACUAAUCAGUAAACUGCAAAUUCCGUCAUGUACACCAGAAGAAUGA